AUGUCACAACCUAAAUUUGACAAUGAUGGGUUUCAAAUAGUUUCUUCAAAAAAAUCUUUUAAAAAUAAAUCGACAAAAGUGCCCCGACAACCGUCUGAUUUUUGUGUACGAAAUAUUGAUAUAGAUUUGGUGAAAGCUCAAAGGCAAAUAGAUUCAGCUAUUGAAGUUGUACAGGAAUCACAAUAUUUAAAAGACGUAUUAAAAACUGUGAGUAACUUGACAGAGAAUACAAAAGUCACAGAAAUAGUUUGUUUUGGUCUCGGUCACAUAGGAGAGUGCAAUAUUUCCAAAUAUCAAUUAGCGUUGUUAUUAUGCAUCACACGAGCUUUAGAGCCAACGAAUGUUCUAGUACAUGAUCCUAUAUUCACUAGCCAAGAGUGUGAACUAUUAAAACGCAAUAACCUUAAUAUUAUAGAAAAAAAUAAUGAGGGAAGUUAUGUAAUAUCAAAAGAAGGCAUUACUUUAGUUUAUUUACCACAUUGUCCUAAACAGUUGACAAAUAAUUUUCUCUGGAGUAACUGGGGUAUAAAUUUGGAAAAUUGCAUUCUUGUAUGUAACAGCUUUACUGCGCUCACUGAAAAUCAGUUAAGCAGAGUGCUAUCAGAGACUGUUCCCUACAUACAUAAAAUAUUUCCAUACACAACUGAAGUAUUGUUAGAGAACAAUUUUAUUUACAAAGACAUUUUUAAUGAUACAUCCAUUCAUUAUUUUUCAAAAGACAAAUUACAAACUGUUCCAUCAGAUUUCUGGUUAAAGACGGAGAAACCGGAGUACAAAGAAACUGAGGAGUUCAUAACUUCUCUUAUGAUUGAGAAAUUAAAUAUUGUUUGAAGGUCUGAAUCAUGGCAUCGAUCACA